UUUCUGGUCAUGAUUUCAAAAUGCCAACAUCCAAACUUGCAUAUGAAUGAAGAAAAAAUACAGCACAGUUGCUCACAUUUCCAUUGUUUCACAAAAGCCAUUUGGCGAUCUUCUGGAUCGAAAUCCGUCAUUCGAAAUCGCCUCCAAAAUUCGAUCAGAGUUGAUCUUCACAUUUGAUUCGAACGACAACCAAACAUCCACUUCUGGCGGCGCUCUUCACCGGCCAUCCGAUGCAGCUUAUGCUCAUGAUCCGGAGCAUGCUAGCACCAACAGCGCGAGCUCCUGUAACGCAGAAAACUCAACCGCCGCGAAAGAUGCGAGAGAUCCAAAGCACGAAUACACGUACCGCGUCUCAAUAUGUUCUCGACCUACUCCACUUUUCGUCUCGUACGAGUACGUCCGAGAGACAGUCCCUGCAAUCUGGGACGAAAGUCUAAGCGCCAAGACUAUCCCUACCGGCACGAGCAGCAGUCACGGACCGGAUGAUCGAGAGGAAGAUUGGGUUUUUAUCGAGAAGAAUGAUAUCCAAACGCACAAUGCUCAUGUGCAUGGAAACGAAGAAGAGAAGAAGGAGGAGGGGGACCAUCACCAUCACGUCCCUGCAUUCGACUACAUAAUCCACCUCGGCGCUGGUUUUCCUGGAGAAUACCAGAUCGAAACAAUCGCCUGGUCAAAAGGCUACGGCGGACUAGACGUUGAUGGGAAACCUGGACCAUCUCCUGCGCGGAACCCCGAGACUGGACGACCGCUCGAUGACGGAGAACGCCUGGAGACGAAAUUGCCCGUUGCGGACAUUGUUGAGCACGUCAAACGCCGGGCUCGAGAUCAGCUCCGGGAUGAUGAGGACGAUGACGCGAUGAAGAUCAAGAUCAAGACAUCACGCGAUGCGGGCCGGUAUCUAUGUGAAUAUAUCUUCUAUAAUUCUCUUCGUGCCGGCGUGACGCGGUUAGGACCAGAACUUGGCACGAGCAAGUCGCUCUUCGUCCAUGUCCCUAGAGAAUACGAUGACGAGUGGAUUCAACGCGGAGUGCGGGUGUUGGAGUGGAUCAUAGAGGGGCUAGUAACGCAGCUGGCUCGGAAAGAAGGAUGCAAUAUGGAUUAGGGAUGACUUUUUUUCCCUUCUCUUUUUGUCCCUCUCUUUCUUUUUUCCCCCCCUCUUUCUCUUUUUCUUUUUUUAUUAUUCUUCCUGUUUUGUGAUAAGCUCGUACAAUAGCCUGCUAGGUCUGCCAGCGUAUGCGUUUUUUUGUUUUUUUUUUUUGUUUUUGUUCUUUUUUUUUGGUUUGGGGGGG